AUGGCUGCCCCCGCCCCCGCCCAGAAGACCUUCACCAUCGGCACCCGCAAAUCUAAAUUGGCUUUGCUCCAAACAGAUCUCGUCUUGGCCGCUUUAAAGAAUGCUUUCCCGCAAUAUGAAUAUAAAAUCUUCUCCAAAGAAACCGCUGGCGAUCUGAACACCACAAUCGCCCUGCGGGACUUCACCACCAAGAACCUGUGGACGGAGGAAUUGGAGGAGCUGAUGAUCGGCGGACAAGUUGAUCUCAUCGUGCACUCACUCAAAGAUGUCCCCACUACCCUCCCCUCCUCUUGCAAGCUAGGCCCGAGCAUGCCCCGCGAAGACAGCAGGGAUGUCCUCGUGGUGAAACAAGGCCUGCCAUACAAGAAUCUUUCCGAGAUCCCCGCUGGCUCCGUAGUUGGAACCUCCUCUAUCCGGCGCACCGCGCAGCUGGCCCGGAAAUACCCCCACCUGAAGGUCCAAGAUGUCCGCGGAAACAUUGGUACCCGUCUGUCCAAGCUAGACGCUGAAGAUAGCCCCUAUACCUGCAUCAUUCUUGCCGCCGCGGGUCUGCUCCGCUUGGACCUGGCGGAUCGCAUCACACAAUACCUCGACUCCAAGAGCAGUGGCAUGCUCUACGCUGUUGGGCAGGGUGCUCUUGGCAUUGAAAUCCGCAAGGAGGACAAGGUUCUGCAAGAGAUGCUGGACACCAUUGGUGAUCAAGAUACCACUUUCUCUGUUCUGGCAGAGCGGAGCCUUUUGCGUACCCUGGAGGGUGGCUGUAGUGCCCCGCUGGGAGUUGAAACCGAAUGGGUCCAAAGCUCCGAGGGGAAAAAGCUGCGUAUGCGCUCUGUUGUGGUUAGUGUCGACGGCAAGGAGUGCGCUAAUGUUGAACUGGAUGCCGCUGUCACCUCUGCUGAGAGUGCAGAGGCCUUCGGUAUCACUGUGGCCGAGGCCCUCGUCGCCGAUGGCGCUGGUGCUAUCCUUGAGGCUAUCCAGCAGAACAAGACCAAGGAGAACACCACUGCUUGA